AUGUCUUCGCUGGACAUUGUCCUGUUGAACAACGGUGAUGGACCCACGUUCGAAAGAGGAGACAGGAGCUCAAUAGUAGACCUCACCUUUGUAGUCCUCAGGCCUCAAGGCCUCAGUAGUAAUCUCGCAAGGGAAAACUACUCCUGGAAGGUGAUGGAUAUCUACACCGCUAGUGAUCAUCGAGCAAUCUUUUGGGAGGUGUCCGCUGGUCGAAAAAACAGACCAAUGCCUAGGAAGACAAACGAAAUCGGCUGGAAGGUGAGCACCUUCGAUCCUAGCACAUUCUCAGUGGCACUAGAUGAUUACCCCAUACGGGGCAGUAGUGCUACGGAGAAAGCCGAGGAUCUCAUGAGAAGAGUUAGCGAGGCUUGUGAUGCCUCAAUGCCUCGAAAACGCAGUGGAGGCCGUCUGCCACCAGUGCNACGAGAAUCGCCACCGACGGACACCAACGACCCCAAGAAGAAGAAGAAAGAUGAGGUGAAGGUCGCUCAUACCCAGAGCAAAAAGGAGGAUCUACCUGCAAAGUCUUUGAACUGGGAGCAGGUCAAGACCNACUGGUGGAAUGAUCAUAUUGGAGCUCUUCGAGAGGAGUGCGUCAAGGCUAGAAGGUCGGCUCAGCGUGCUCGGAAAAAGCUGAACUCCGAAGAACUGGAGAAGAAAUGGAAGGAUGCUCGCCGAAAGCUCAACAAAGCUAUCAAGGAGAGCAAAAAGAAAAGUUGGACUGGACUCCUUGACGAAGUCGAGAGUGACCCGUGGGGAAGACCGUACAAGGCGGUUAUGACGCGGCUGAAAAGCAGGCCUAUGCCAUCGCCGACCUGUCCCGAGCUCUUGAAGGAGAUUGUAGCGGUGCUUUUCCCGCGACAACCGGAAUUUCAGCGUGCCAAUACACGAGGAAAGACUUUGAUGGUCCCAUCGAUCACCGAGGAAGAGCUGAUGGAGGCGUGCGACAGAUUCGGGGAUGCCAAGGCCCCGGGUCUUGACGGGAUCCCAAACAUCGCACUGAAAGCCGCUAUCCAUGCGUUGCCAGGCCUCUUCUUGGACGUUUUCAACGAGUGUCUCAGCGAGGGCAUCUUCCCUGCAAAGUGGAAACAGCAGAGAAGAAUAGAAGCAGCUGUCGAACCAAUGCUGUCCAACGACCAGUUCGGCUUCCGGAGAGGCCGUUCAACCCUUGAAGCGAUCAAUCUAGUUGUCGAUACAGCUAGGGAGGCGAUUUCAGGGGAGAGAUGGCUUGGAGGCACAAAGAAGUACUGCCUGGUGGCAACACUGGACAUCAGGAACGCCUUCAACUCAGCCCGAUGGGACUGCAUCAUGGCGGCCCUUGAGAGAUUUGGUGUACCUGAAUAUCUGCGGAGGAUGGUGGACGACUACUUCACCGAGAGGGUCCUCAAUUUUAAGCAGCAAGUGGAACACAUCACAACUAAGGCGUCAGGGGUUCGAGCAGCUUUGUCUCGCCUCAUGCCCAACAUUGGAGGUCCCAAGCAGAGGAGACGAGCAUUAAUGUCAUCGGUGAUUACGUCAGUACUCACCUACGACAUUGCUGUAUGGGCGGAGACCCUUCAAUUACAGCAGAAUCAGCGCAAAGUGGGGCCUGUCUAUCGACUCAGUGCCCUUGGAGUCGCCAGCGCAUUUCGCACCAUGUCCAACGAUGCCGUGUGUGUUAUAGCCGGAAUGAUGCCAAUUGAAGUGCUAGCCGAGGAACGAAGAUCCCUAUUCCAGCAAAAAGGAGAGACGUCACUAAGUCCAACCGAAAUUCAGGCUGAGGCCAGACGACAGAGCAUAGAACGAUGGCAGUUACGAUGGAGUACCUCACUGAAAGGUAGAUGGACAUAUCGUCUUAUCCCGCANCGACUAGAUCCUCAAUCCUUGAAGCGAUCAAUCUAG